AGUUGCAUGGUUGAACAGCACUUUCGGUUUGUCAAAGCGAGAAAUCAAUGAAUAAAUAAAUAAACAAUUUAUUGUGAUAUUAAAUUAGUCAUCAUCAUUGUCGGGGACAAUAUGGAGAAUGGAGAUGACACUAUCGUUAUUCAUGAUUUUUCGGAGAAGCUCUUGGAGCAGAUGGUCCAUUUUCAUGUGAUGAAACUGAACGGAGGAUUUUUCCUGUGGGUCGGAAACAGUCCUGUUUUCUCCAAUCUAGCUGUUUCCAUGAACAGUAAAUUUGACUCCAUGCCGCUGUCUACAAUGGUAUUGGGAGAUUCAUCUGACACGACCCCUAGUUCCCUAGCUCAGAGACUAACAAAGAAAACCAAGAAACAGGUGUUUGUUAGUUAUAACCUACCUGUGGCUGACUCGAGUCUAACACUGUUAGUGGAGAACAGAAUCAAAAAGGAGAUGGACCUUCAUCCUGACAAAUUUUAAUUCCUCUGAAUUGUAAACUUUAUACAUUUUGUGUCAGCUUUGUACAUAGAUAAUUCAAUAAAGAUUAUAAAGUUC